CGCAACUGUUUCACAACAAUAAACCAAAGGAGGAAGAAGCCUAGCGGCAGUUUCCGCUUGAACUCGGCAGUGUGUGUGGUUUUACCUGAGAUUAUUAAUCAUGGACAUACGACCGAAUCACACCAUCUAUAUCAACAAUGUUAACGAUAAGAUCAAGAAAGAAGAGUUGAAGAGAUCCCUGUACGCCUUAUUCUCCCAGUUCGGCCAGAUUCUGGACAUUGUUGCGCUAAAGACCACAAAGAUGAGGGGUCAGGCUUUUGUUAUCUUCAAAGAGCUUGCUGCAGCCACCAAUGCCCUCAGACAGCUUCAGGGAUUCCCUUUCUACAAUAAACCCAUGCGAAUCCAGUAUGCAAAAACCGACUCAGAUCUGAUCUCUAAGACGAGAGGCACGUAUGGAGAUAAAGAAAAGAAGAAAGAGAAGAAAAAGAAAGCUCAGGAACAGGCUGCCAAUUUCAACACGAAACCAGCGGGAGCAGUAAACACACAACCUCCUCCACCUGCCACAGUCCAGGUCCCUGACAACCCACCAAAUUAUAUUCUGUUCCUGAAUAAUCUCCCAGAAGAAACCAAUGAGAUGAUGCUCUCCAUGUUAUUCAACCAGUUUCCAGGGUUUAAAGAAGUGCGCCUGGUCCCUGGAAAGCAUGACAUUGCGUUUGUGGAGUUUGAGAGCGAGGCUCAAGCUGGAGUAGCGAAAGAUGCUCUGCAGGGAUUCAGAAUCACAGCCACGUGUGCCAUGAAAAUCACAUAUGCCAAAAAGUGACCUGGCUCACACUUACUGGACUGUAACUGAGGCUUUGAUCAGUGGAUCCUCACUUCUGAUUUGUGUUUGUCUUUACAUUCAAACUCUUUAUUUUUUUUUAACAUGUUUGUUCAGUGACUGUUUAGUAUUGUUUUUCCUAUUUUUUAUUUUUUAUUUGUAUGGGAAUUAUUUGGUCACUGAGGACUUCAUGAUAUUCCAGGACAGGUCUUUAUUUUGUACUGUGGACUAAUAAAA